CGAAUCGGACAUCACUAGAGGAGGGCAGAGGGAGAGAAAUCACAGCCACCACCACCACCACCACAACAUGAUCAUCACCCCACAGCCCAAACACACUGGUGUAAAAAAACAACAGUCUUAACCAUUUAGGACCGAAUCUGAGGUGUGGUCUGGCCCUCGGUGUCUAAACGGACCGUUUUUAUCUCUGUUUUUAAACCGUCAGGGAGUGGAUCUGUCUCGGACGCCAUCUUUAGCAGCAGCAGUAGCCCGAGAGAGUGAGAGCUGCUGGGCCAACGUCAACCAGCACCGGGCUGGAGGAAUUUCUCCAGUGGACACUUAUGCUUGACAGCGAUCUAUACGUUUGUCUUGACUGAUUUGGGGUCGGUAGACGUGUUUCAGUCCACUGGGUUUGUUGUUGUUGUGGUCGGAGGAGUUUUCUCGGGCUGGCUGCUCAUCUUGGCCUGUUGGGAGGGUUUUGCUCCAUAUGAGGCCACAGUCUUGCAGAUGAGCCAUCAGUGGGGGCUGUCGUGUCGCAGACCCAGAUAGUGACUGGUGGCUGUGGCCCAGGCCCCGCCCCCUCCCAGCAUGCCCAACGCUGCUCGUGCGGGGAGUCUGAAGGACCCCGAAAUCGCAGAUCUCUUUUUUAAAGAAGACCCUGAAAACCUCUUCUCAGACCUGAGAGAGAUCGGUCAUGGCAGCUUUGGUGCUGUAUACUUUGCACGGGAUGUGCGGACCUCGGAGGUGGUGGCCAUCAAGAAAAUGUCAUAUAGUGGAAAACAGUCUAAUGAGAAAUGGCAGGAUAUAAUAAAGGAGGUGAAAUUCCUUCAGAGGAUAAAGCACCCAAACAGCAUAGAGUAUAAAGGAUGCUACCUGCGAGAGCACACAGCAUGGCUGGUUAUGGAGUACUGUCUGGGGUCUGCCUCAGAUCUCCUCGAGGUACACAAAAAACCUUUACAAGAGAUGGAAAUAGCAGCGAUUACUCAUGGUGCUUUGCAGGGGUUGGCGUAUCUUCACUCCCAUAACAUGAUUCACAGGGAUAUCAAGGCUGGGAACAUCCUGCUCACAGAGCCUGGACAGGUGAAGCUGGCAGAUUUCGGUUCUGCUUCAAUUGCCUCUCCUGCUAAUUCAUUUGUGGGGACUCCUUAUUGGAUGGCCCCAGAGGUGAUCCUGGCCAUGGAUGAGGGUCAGUAUGAUGGGAAAGUUGACAUCUGGUCUCUAGGAAUAACCUCUAUUGAAUUAGCUGAAAGAAAACCACCACUCUUCAACAUGAAUGCAAUGAGUGCCUUAUACCACAUCGCCCAGAAUGAGAGUCCAACCUUGCAGUCCAGUGAAUGGACGGACUACUUCAGAAACUUUGUGGACUCCUGCUUACAGAAGUUGCCCCAUGAUAGACCCAACUCUGAAGAACUGCUGAAACAUGCGUUUGUCCGGCGUGAGCGGCCGAAUUCGGUGCUUAUUGAUCUGAUCCAGCGCACCAAAGAUGCUGUGAGGGAACUGGACAACCUACAGUACCGCAAAAUGAAAAAGAUCCUCUUCCAGGAGGCCCACAAUGGCCCUGCGGCGGAGGUCCCAGAUGACGAGGAGGAGGUGGAGCACAGUGUUGGCCGAACAGGCACAGUGAACAGUGUGGGCAGUAACCAGUCCAUCCCUAGCAUGUCCAUCAGCGCAAGCUCACAGAGCAGCUCGGUUAACAGCCUGCCUGACGCCACAGACGAUAACAAGAGUGAGGUGGACCUGAUGGAGAAAGACCAAACCAUCAUACCCAACAGUUCCAUGAUUCACGUCAAACCGGAGGAAGAGAGCUACCAGGAAGAAACCGAGGCUCAGAAACAGCCCUCAGAGCCUCAGUCUCCCCCCGCACAGACACCAAGGCGUCAAUACCGGAAUCGAGAGCACUUUGCCACCAUUCGCACAGCCUCCCUGGUGACGCGUCAGAUUCAAGAACACGAGCAGGACUCUGAGGUGCGUGAGCAGAUGUCUGGCUACAAACGAAUGCGCAGGCAGCACCAGAAACACCUUCUGGCCCUCGAGAACAAGCUUAAGGGCGAGAUGGAUGAGCACAGACUCAAGCUAGACAAAGAACUGGAGAACCAGAGGAACAGCUUUGCUGCCGAGAUGGACAAACUAAUCAAGAAGCACCAAUGCACCAUGGAGAAAGAUGCCAAGACGUUUGCCAACAAUGAAAAGAAAUUCCUGCAGCACAUUCAGAGCCAGCAGAAGAAGGAGCUCAGUAGCUUCCUGGAGUCUCAGAAACGAGAGUACAAACUGCGCAAGGAACAGCUCAAAGAGGAGCUAAAUGAGAACCAGUCCACACCAAAGAAGGAAAAGCAGGAGUGGCUGUCCAAGCAGAAGGAGAACUUCCAGCACUUCCAGGCAGAGGAGGAGGCCAACCUACUACGCCGGCAGCGGCAGUAUUUGGAGCUUGAGUGCCGCAGAUUCAAACGGCGAAUUCUCAUUGCACGUCACAACGUGGAGCAAGAUCUAAUGAGAGAGGAGCUGAAUAAGCGUCAGACCCAGAAGGAUCUAGAGCAUGCCAUGCUGCUCCGACACCAUGAGUCUAUGCAGGAGCUGGAGUUCAGACACCUCGGCAACAUCCAGAAGAUGCGUGCGGAGCAGAUCCGCCUGCAGCACCAGACAGAGCUCACCAACCAGCUGGAGUACAACAAGCGCAGAGAGAGAGAGCUCAGACGCAAACAUGUAAUGGAAGUUCGACAGCAGCCCAAGAGCCUCAAGUCCAAAGAGUUCCAGAUCAAGAAACAAUUCCAGGAUGCAUGUAAGACCCAGACCCGGCAGUUCAAAGCCCUGCGAAACCAGCUGCUGGAGAGCAUACCAAAACCCGAACACAAGACCAUGCUGAAGAGACUGAAGGAAGAGCAAACCAGGAAACUAGCAAUCCUCGCUGAACAGUAUGACCACACCAUCAACAACAUGCUCUCCACACAGGCUUUGCGUCUAGACGAGGCACAGGAGGCAGAGUGUCAGGUGCUGCGGAUGCAGCUGCAGCAGGAGUUGGAGUUGUUGAAUGCAUAUCAGAGUAAGAUCAAGAUGCAGACGGACGCUCAGCAGGAGCGAGAGAGGAAGGAACUGGAGCAGAGAGUGUCCCUCCGGAGAGCCCUACUGGAGACUAAGAUCGAAGAGGAGAUGUUGACCCUGCAGAACGAGCGCACAGAGCGGAUCCGUAACCUGCUUGAGCGCCAGGCCCGAGAAAUCGAGGCCUUCGACUCGGAGAGCAUGCGCUUGGGCUUUAGCAACAUGGUGUUGGCUAACAUCUCUCCUGAGGGCCUCAGCCACAGUUUCCCAGGGGCCCCGGCCAGUUGGAUCCCCCAUCAGCAUCACUCAGAUGGCUCUCAGGGAACACAGUGGGGCAGCAGCACUGGUUCAGGGGCCGGCCACCACUACCACUCCAGUCCGGGAGGAGCACAGGCCCAGCAGGGCUGGAGCCAAGCCAUCGCAGGAGGUGGGCUUCCUCCAUGGAGCCACUCCCCCUCGGGCCCCCAAGGGGCCAUGCCAAAAAGCAGCGUGGGGAUGCGGAACAGCCCUCAGGCACUAAGGAGGACCACUUCAGCAGGGCGCACUGAACAGGGCAUGAGUAGGAGCACCAGCAUCACAUCUCAGAUAUCCAACGGUUCGCAGCUGUCCUACACAUAGACACCAGUGCAUUUGUGCCAACCCUGCACACACAAACACACACAGGGUAGAGGAACGCACUGGCCCACACUAAAGACUGGCACAGAGAGCAGAGCCAACUGCACUCGUCUACCCAUCUCCCUCUAUCCCCCUUUUCUUUUCCUUUGCUUUCUCAUUUCACAUGCAGACAUGUAUGUAAACGAUAGCAAAUAUCGCUCAGGUCAGAAGAAAUUCUAACUUUGUAUGAAGCUUGUUUGACAGCCAUGCAGAGCUAAAGUCAAAAACACUAGUCUGAUUUAAAGCUCACUUGAUGAGAUUCAUUUAAUAUAGUAAAUAUUACAGAGAAAGACAUAUAUAUAAAUGUGUAUAAAAUAGAUGUUUAUUAAUUUAGCUUUAGUCCACUUAACGUGUGGAUUCAUAAAUCAUAAAAGGAUGUUAAAAGGAGAUGUUGGCCAUAAUUCUUGAGCAUAAUGAUUACGUAAGUAUACAGUCUAAGCUAUCAGCCUGCUGUCAUGCUCUUAUGAAAAAUAAUUCGGGUUUUAAUAAAACAAAGAAAUGUAUUAUGUGUGUUUAGUAUAUGGAUUAGGAAGAGAGCUGGCCAAACUGUUGAUAUUAAGUGAAAGUGUUUUAGUUGUCAGAUUUUUAGGUCGGAAGAUUCAUUUGCAGAGAAGAUUUAGGAGUUUGCCUACAUCAAGUACUGUGCUGAAAUGAAUGUGAAAAAAAAAUAGGUUCAAAACUUGACUUUUGUUACUUGUUUAGUCAGCAAGUUAAGGUGAAUGGCUCUGUCUUGCCCAAGCAGUGUGUUUUAAGAUUUUUAACAGUGCAGUCAAGCACAAAUACGUUCAUAUAUCCAGCAUACUUUUUAUUUAGUCUGUACUUGCAUUAAGCAACCUAAUUAUGGCCAGACAACCUGUCUUCAGUCCUCUUAGCCUUUUGAUGUAUCCUUUAUUUUAUUAGGUCAGCCAGCUUUCAUCUGGAUCAGGUGUCCAGACACAUUUAGAUGUGGUGCUUUCUUGAUAAUUUGUUUUAUGUGUAGGUGUGCAAUGCCUGCUUAAAUAUAUCUGAUAUAUGUUCAGUGCCUUCAGUGUGUUAAUUGUAUAAUUACUCAGUAGAGACAUGCCAGGAUUAAUGUUUUCAUGUAGCUAAAAAGAACACUCCCAUAUUUAGUUUAUUCAUGUUCCCCAAGCUAAUGAAGGGACAGUAUUGGUCAGUUUAAGAAGAGUGUGUGCUGGUGUGAAUAUAUUUGACUGUACACCUAAAUAGGAGCUUAUAUUAUCCCACUUUUUAAUGCUUAACUCCUAUGUUAAUAAAUUUUUGAGGUGCCUUUGAAUAGCUGCCAAGCAGAAGCACUUUAUUUAGUGUGUUGUGUUUGAGGAUUAGUUUUUUACAAGGGUUCUCAACUAUGGAAAUGGCUAAUGCAGCUGUAAACUGUAGUGUGUGAUGGCGGAUGUCCAGUAUUUUUACUGUUACUCUUUAAAAAGAAUUCUGUGGUCAAUUUAAGGAAGUGCUAGAUAUGAAUUUGUCAGUGGUUUUAGUACAGUACUGUCAUGAUUUAUCAAAUGAAAUGAAUGCAGAAACUGUUUGAAUGUAUUCUGUCCUCCAUCAGGUUUGUGUCAUGUAUUUGACACUGUAGGAAUGUAAGGAACGGUAGGAGCAUGAAAGACUUCUUUUUUUUUUCCUGUAGGUCAUGACAGCAGGCUUUAUGUGACACUUAACUGGCUCUUUUGGAGCAGGCAAACACUCUUGAUUUAGUCUCAUGACUUCCACACUAAAUAGCAAAUGUUGUGUUCUCCAUUUCAUGCUCAUUCACUACCAGUCAAAUGUUUGGACACAUCUACUGCUUAUUUUUUAUUACUAUUUUCCAUAUUUUAAAUAAUAGUAUAUUACACUACCAUUUAAAAGUUUGGGAACUUUUUUUUUUUUAUAAAAUUAUAAAAUUUUAUUUAAUAUGACUGUUUUCUGUUUUAAUAUAUUUUAAAAUGUAAUUCAUUCCUGUGAUGGCAAAGCUGAUUUUAAGCAACCAUUAUUUCAGUCUUUAAUGUCACAUUAUCCUUCAGAAAUAAUUAUGAAUGCUGAGUUCUCAUUAUUAUUAUUAUUAUAAAUGUUGAACACAAUUAACGUUGGUUCAUAUUUUUGUGGAAAUCAUGAUACAAUUAUUUCAGGAUUCUCUAAUGAAUAGGAAAUUCAAAAGAACAUCAUUUAUUUGAAAUAGAAAUCCAACACUGGAUAACAUUAUAAAUGUUGUCACUUUUGAUCAAUUUAAUUAGUCAAAAUUAUUUCUUAAAAAAUAUUACUGACCUCAAACUAUUGAAUAAUAGCGUACAUUAGAGGAGUGUAAUUUCAACCAAACAGCUUGCGCCAAGUAGAUUCUUAAUGUUUUAUGUAUUAAAAUUCUUGAAGAAUCAAGCUAAAAAAAAAUAACAUUUUCCUACACAGCUUUUCACUACAUGUGCACAAGAAAAUAUUGCAUAUUAUACCUACACUUAAGUUUACAAAAACAUGGGAGAAAUGCCAAGCAGAGACGUUUGUGUGUGUGUUUGAUGACUCACAUAUUUUCAUUUUUUAAUCAGUUCAAUCUAAACGAAUCACAGUAAUGGGAAGGUUAAUGUCCAAAUUCUCUCAGUGUAGUUCAUGAGGUGCAUCCCGGGAUUCCUUUUAAAUAGUAUGGAAGGAGUUAGCACGCUUGCAUUCAGUCUGGGGUGUCCAUCUUUGACUGGUAGUGUCGUCUGUAAAGUAUAUGUGUUUUAUGAAAUCAAUAGCUGCCUCAAAGAUUUACCAGCCAAAAAGGAUGUUUUCUCCCUCAUUUGUUGGCUGUUAUAAGCAACUGAGAUGACCAAGUCCAUGAGUAGAAUUUCCUCUCAGACACGCAGGGAUCUUCUCCCCCUCUCCCCCUGCUCUCUUUCUGUCCUCUGUGCCGCCCAUACCACAGGUGUCAGUGCCCAGUAUUGUGAGGAUAUGAUCUGUGCUGCCGAUGGCCCUGCAUUCCCUCUCUCUCCCCAGCUGAUUCACACGCCAUCACUCCUCGCCAAGCUCCGCCUGGAUCCAGUGUUUCAACGCACGGAUGCCUGAAUGCACUUUCUUGGGGGAACUUUAAGCAAACUCUUUGUUUUCCCAAGCCAGUUUAUCUUGUUGGUUUGCUUUACAUCACUUUGACUGCAGGAGUCACGUUGACUGAUGCAUUCUUGUGAAAUUCUUAGUCAUGUUUUAACACUUCUGAUGGAGUACAAUGUUACCCUCCCCCUUUUGUUUCCAUUGUGCAAUCAUUAGUGAAAACAAAACUCUACAGGCAGAACAUGUGUCUCCCCUUU